UCCAGGCAGCUCAGUGCUAAGCUGCAACACUUCAUUUUGCAGUCUACAGGUGGGUUAGCUGUUGCAAGCAAUUUGUAGGACGAAACCAAUUAUAGUAGUUACAGUAGUGGGAUGCUGCACAGAAGCUUAAAUACAUGGAAAAAUUUUCAUCAGCUCUGACGUCUAAUAAGAAAGUGCCUUAUAUUUUCGUUUAGAAUAGUAUAAUAUCCUAGCCAAUAAGGCAGAUUGAAUACAUGUGAAGGAGAUAGUAUGGAAAUGCUUGGCUGCCUGUGUAGCCCCUUCUGAAACCCCCAGAGCUUGUUGAUAGUACACCAUUCUAAGAAUAGCUAUUUAACCGAAAUUGAGUUUCAUCAGUUAUAUGCUGCAUUUCCAGAUAUGUUGGGGGGUGUGUGUACAGAAAUAAUGAUCACGCUUCCUGCAAAUGACACAUUCAGCUAUUAUUUUUCCACCUAAAUCUAGCUCACAGCAUACCAUUGUUGCAAAUCUGCUACAAAUACUUGGCACUGAUACUUGAUUCAAAGCCUUUCUGGUGCUGAUAAGUCAUUAUGAACCUGCUGUGAUUAUUACUGUGUAUCUUUCCACUGCUCUCAGUUGCACAGUGCAAUACAGGUGGAGAGGAUUGAGUCAGAACUCAUCCUCUAGCCAAGAGAGGAUGCUGUGUUACUUGGUGUGACCAAAGAGAGCAAUGCCUUAGGGCUAAAAGUGGUCAAGGAGGGAGGCAGACAGAUGGUGCCACUGAAAAUGGGAUCAGCUGGUAGAGGUAGCAGGGUCUUUCCAGAGACCACAAGUGUUCAGGCCAGGUGGAAGCGUCCCUUGAGAGGAAGGGGCAAAAAAGGCAGUUUUCCAAGAGACAGAUGCUAAGAGAGGCUGGAGAGAUGUUAGCACAUGUGGCUAGGCCAAGAAGAAACAGUCACCUGAAUACUUGGCAUGGGAUGGAGGCCAGAAGCAGCAGAAAAAGGAGUAGCGAGUAAGAUGCAGGAGGAUCUUCAUAUGGUGCUAUUAGGUUUUGUGCAGUCUGUUGCACACUGGGGGAUGUGGCAUGUCUCCAGGCCCUUCCUUGCUGUUUUGGUGUGUAUACUUCAAACAUUCCUUUUAAAUUUGCUCCACAUGAAAUGCUUGAAUUUUGGGAAUCUUUUCUAUAUUUGUUUUGAAAUGAAAAAAAAAUAAUGUUAAAGGCAGGUUGACUUGAUCUACUCAUGGGAAGGGGACAUGGCCCGAUUCCUAACUUACCCAUUGAAUCACAGUGGUGCUGAUUGGAACACCCCGUAUUGGCACAGGGGUAUGUAGCCCAGCUCCCCAUAUGAACUAUUUACCUUAAGCCAGCAUUUUUCCCAAGAAGCCACCAUUCACUGGUAGGUGCCUUCCAUCAUACAAGCCAAACAGAGAAACAGUUGAGCUUAUAGAAGUUUCAUCAUCUAAAUGUAGAUGAAAUUGACCCUGAAACACAGCUAGUCACCAAAAGCAACUGAAAAAGGGAUUUUCACAGUGGUGGUAAUUCAUACCCUCUGCUCUUAGAUAAAGGAAUUGUGCUUGCAAGCAGAUUAAACAAGGUCACUAACAAAGGGGCUCUGCAAACAGUUAUCCUCAAAUUAGUGAUAUUGUUUAGCUUUAAAGUGUCUGAUAUAGCCUGAAACUGUGAUGUGUGGAAAUCUCUUCAGGUCAUAUGUGUGCUGUUCUGAUCAUCUGAUUGCUCCAGAGGGCUAAUUUUAGAGUAGUGGGGAAGCAUUUUGUACUCUCAUUUUCAUGGCCCUCUAAGGGCCUUUUGAUUUCCCAAGUGGUGAGACUUUGACAUCAUCUUGGUGCUAAGCAUUUGGAUCAAUAAACCAGUAACAUGGUUUCAGAAGGGAAAUUUUGGAUCAUUGAAUCUAGUCAUCUGCUAUUUUACACGGUCACAUCGUAUAUACCGCUGUCUUUUUUUUUGGAGGCUUCAUUGUUAAAAUGAAGGUGUGGAGGGAUUAUAUUUAUUCUAAGCAGGCUGGAAGUCCAACCUCUAUUUCUGCCCCUCACAGCUUCUCUCAGACUUCUGUUACACCAUCCAACCAGGACAUCUGCAGUUCCAGUGCAGUGUUUUCUGAGUGUUGUCAUCACAGUCCAGUGCAGUCUGCUGUUGUCUUGAGAAAUCCUCACUGCCAGAGCCCUCUGACACAAGGGGUCACUGUGACAGUAAUCUGUCAGGACAAGUUGCAUGCAGCAAAGAGAAACUCCUGUGGGCAGGAUCGGGGCCAGGCACUCAGGUCUGCUAAGAAUGUAAAGCCCAUCUGCACUCUGAAAUUCUCCAAGUCUCUCAAUGACGUGGACCAGAAGGCGCAGAGCACGAGUGAGUGCUUUGACUAUGUGGACCGAACAUGCUCAGAAGGCAAAUUGACCCCGACUCAAGAGCAGUGUUUAAGGAUUAACAAAUUUCAUCUUAAUGAGAGGAAACCACUGAAUCUCAGGCCUCUUUCUUUUACCAAUUCUAAGCACUCCUAUAUCCCUUCCCUUUCCAACUACUCGAGUGCAUCGGGAGGAACAGAGAACCACAGCGCUGUACAUAUCCCCUUGCUGGAGGACAAAGUGGACCAUGACACCUCAAGGAGCAAAAAACUGUUGCGUUACCUUUUUUCCUUCUCCCACACCUCCAGCACCAGCAGCCUGCAUAAGUUCCACGAACUGGAGAACUAUUCCAGUCACUUCCAAGCUGACAAAUCCUCCAGCAUGCUGGUGGAAAGCACAGACUUCUGCUCUGAUGAUAUGGGAGAUGAUGACGUCUUUGAGGACAGCACCUCAGUAAAAUUAAAAACAAAAGAGCAGCGGGCGCCCCUCUGUUCAGUUGAGAAGGACAGUGACCUUGACUGCCCUUCCCCCCUCUCAGAAAAAUUCCCCCCUCUGUCCCCUGUGUCCACAUCGGGGGAUACCUGCAGGAUAUGUCACUGUGAAGGAGAUGAUGAGAGCCCUUUGAUUACACCCUGUCACUGCACAGGAAGUCUUCAUUUUGUGCACCAAGCCUGCCUGCAGCAGUGGAUCAAGAGCUCAGAUACACGAUGCUGUGAACUGUGCAAGUAUGAGUUCAUCAUGGAGACAAAACUGAAGCCUUUGCGAAAGUGGGAGAAGCUGCAGAUGACAGCCAGUGAAAGGAGGAAGAUCAUGUGCUCUGUAACAUUCCAUGUCAUUGCCAUCACCUGUGUUGUGUGGUCUCUCUAUGUCCUGAUAGACAGGACUGCUGAAGAGAUUAAACAGGGACAGACUACUGGGAUUCUAGAGUGGCCAUUUUGGACUAAGCUGGUGGUUGUGGCUAUUGGUUUCACUGGAGGACUUCUUUUCAUGUAUGUACAGUGCAAAGUGUACGUACAGCUAUGGAAGAGACUUAAAGCUUAUAACCGAGUAAUAUAUGUACAAAACUGUCCAGAAACUAGCAAAAAGAAUAUUUUUGAAAAACCUGCACUAAUGGAGCCAAACUUCGAAAGUAAAGAAAUGCUUGGGGUUCACCAUUCAGACACAAACUCUUCACAUUACACAGAGCCAGAAGACUGUGCUGCAGAAAUCCUUCACGUCUGAUUGCUGGGUGGGAGGGGUGUUUCUGUAUGUUCUUGAAGAUUUAAAAUACCAUUGUUUACUGCAAACUGCUCUACCUUUUUAAAAUCAGCUAACAGCUGAGAUCUGGUGGAUGAGGUUUUUUUACAUUUGUUUUUUGUUGGAAUAUUUUUAAAUCCCUUUGGCAUAUCUGUCAAUGUGAUCAUGGUUGCAUACCUCUCAACAUUUUGUCUCUCGUACUGGCGUAUCAGAGCCACAGGAUACUGGGUAGAAUGAGCGUUGGGUUGAUAUCAAGCAAGUCACUAGUGAACUGUCUUCAACUUCAUAGAGUGUUACUUUAGAAGAUGACUCUGAUUCUGGAAUAUGUGUAGAGUGGGGUUUGUUUGUUAUUCUUUAAGCAUGAUGAAGGAGGUUGUCCCAGACACUGAGGGAAAUGAGAGAGCUAGAGUCUAAUCUACCACUAACACUGCCACUAACAUUUUGUCUUAGGCAGCAGGUGUAAAAUUUUGCUUUACAUAUUGUGAUGAGACUUACAAAGCAUAUAGCACUUUUAAAAAUCUUUAUUUUGUAAUAUGUAUGUCAAAUGAGAAUGAAACUUGAACGAAUGUAUCAUUUUUGAAACA